AUGUCGCUGGCAUUACUCGGUACCAAGAAGCCAGCCGCCAUAGUAACUACCGGUGCCGGCGGUGGUAGGUUCUCUGUCGCGACAGCCGGUGGGGAUGCGAUCGGUGAUGACGAAGCAACAGAGGAAGACAUUACGAGAGACGUUUCGGAUGCGCUCGACGAGGCUGAAGAGACCGGGCUUGCUGAACUCGAUAUGUUGAAUGUGGGAAUAAACGAUGAAGAUGGCGACGAAGAUGAAGCUUGCGUCGCGGAUUCAACCGAUGAUUCAAUUGACGAAAUGGGGACAACAGCUGAAGAUUGGGUGGCUAUGCUCGAAGCCAUGGACGUUGCGUUGCUUGUCGCAGCCUCCGAUGUAAGAGGUGCGGAGCUCGAAGUCUCAAUAGCUGACGACGCGCUCUCGGAAGCAGUCACUGUGAUUUCUGCUGUUACCUUGGAAGUAACGUAA